AUGUCUCUCGCCACUCUUGACACUGCCCAGCAUCCCAACCUCCCGUCCGCGUCGGAGACCCUCUUCAAGGCCAAAGCCGCCAAGAAGCUGAGCUUCGAGCAGAUUGCCCAGCACAUUGGCCGCAAUGAAGUGGCUACCGCUGCUAUCUUCUACGGCCAGGCCAAGGCUUCCCCCGAAGACAUCGAGAAACUCGCAUCGCUCCUCACCAUCCCUCACGAUGCUCUGGAGGAAAGGCUUAGUGGUUUUCCCGACCGUGGUCGCACCGUGGAGAUGCCUCCCAAGGAGCCCUUGAUUUACCGGUUGUAUGAGAUUGUGCAGAACUAUGGGUACGCAUACAAGGCGGUGUUGAACGAGAAGUUUGGUGAUGGUAUUAUGAGCGCUAUCUCUUUCUCGACCAAGGUGGAGAAGGAGACAGAUGCGGAUGGAAAUAACUGGGCCGUGAUUACUCUGCGUGGAAAGUGGCUGCCCUUCUCGCGGUUCUAA